UUUAAAUUCGAUAAUUCGCGACUAAACGGGUGCUCUCUAGAAAAAUCUUUUCAUUUGACUUUAAUCUUUUCAUUUUUAAGUUAUUCUAAUUUCUUGACGUCAUUUAGGCAAUUGUAACCUUUUUUAAAUUUUUUAUUAAGAUUUUGAUGAAAGAAAUGACCGACGAACAGCUUAGUCUUCUUAAGCAAUUUGUUCUAAUGUGUAAGGCUAAUCCGGGACUUUUACAUCAGCCGCAAUAUGCCUUUUAUCGUGAAUAUUUGGAAAGUUUGGGAGCUAAAAUUCCAUCGGGAACUGAGUCUGGAGGUUCAAAAUCGGAAUCUUUUAAGAGACAACCUGAGGAGACUUUUGAAGAAAAUCAAGAGGAGGAGAAGGAAUCUGAUUUGCCACUUCCUGAAUUAGAUAAUUCUGGUGUUAUUGAAGACAAGACUUGUGGGGAAGAAUAUGCGAUGGGUGACCCAGAGAAGGAAGUUAGUGAUGAAGAUAUGGAGAAAGCACAGGAACAUCGUCAGGCAGCGCAGAUGGCUUUUGCUGACGGUGACUAUGAGAAAUCUGUUGAGGAAUAUACCAAAGCAAUUGAAUUCAAUCCUGGUUUAGCCAUUUUACAUGCUAAAAGGGCAAGUACUUUACUUAAAAUGUCAAAGCUUUCUGCGGCUAUAAAAGAUUGUGACAAGGCUAUUGCUAUUAAUCCUGACUCGGCUGCUGCUUAUAAAUUCCGUGGAAGGGCUCAUCGGUUUUUUUUGUUUUCGGCACAUCUUGAUUUGGCUCUUUCUUGCAAAUUGGAUUACGACGACCAGGCGAAUGAAUGGUUGAAAGAAGUAGAGCCAAAUGCAAAGAAGCUUCACGAUUAUCAACGUGCUAAGGAACGCCUCGCUGAUGAGAAAGUGACUCGUGCUCGCCAAGAACGCGUUCGUCGAGCUCAAGAGGAGAAUAAGCGAGCGGCCGAAGAGAAUAAGCAGAAAUAUGGGGAGGAUAGUGAUGAUUUUGAUGGGGACGUUCCUCCAGGACUUUUUGAAUCAUUCAAGAACAAUCCUGAAUUAGCCAAAAUUAUGGAAGAAAUCAAGAAGGAUCCGUCAAAAAUUGGUCAGUAUUUGAAUGAUCCAAAUGUUCUUAAUUUGAUCGGAAUGAUGGGUGGCAAAGGUGGUGGCGGGUUUAACCCGAAUGCUUUUAAUAUGCCUACUGGAGACACUGAUGACUCGACCCCAUUUAAACAAGAACCUCCAAAAAAGGCGCCAGAGCCUGAUCUUGAUUAA